ACACACAGACAGAGUGACACAGACAGCCAGAAGGCAGGUGAGAUAACAUAGUUUCCAGAGGAAAAUCUACAUGUAUGAGAAGAUAGGAGUAACAACUUAACAAGAGUUGACCAUAGCUGACCAGCAGGUAGUUUCAGAAAGAAGGUGGACUACAGCAGAAGGACAGAUGUCUAACCCGAGUCGGCAGGCGCUACCCUCAAGCAUAAGUAUGACUUGCCAUUAGCGAGCUGACGGGGCAUCUUGUGACUUUUUUUUUUUGCCCAAGAGAAGAGGAAGGGAGAAGUGAAUGACAGGCACAAAGCCAGUGGAGCCUGUACUGUUUUUCCACUCUCCCCGGCUUUGACAGUUAUGAACAAGAACGAGUUGAGAAGACAACUGUAAAUAAAGCCAAGAGAACAGGGCACACAGCCUGAAGGAAAGUAAUUACUACAGCUCUGUUUCUCUCUUGAGUUACUUGAAAUACAGUCAGCUUGGUUCGUGGACUCUACUCUUUAGACGGCUAACACACAUACACACAGAAGGAGCACUAGCUGUUGAAGUGUUUUUUGGACUGCUGUGGGGGACGGCCGGCAUGGAUGGUGGUUUCUCCUCUUUACGCUCGGAGGCAGUGGGAGCCAUGAGGACAGCGCUGGUGUCCGCUGAGAACUUACAGCUCACUCUGAAGACUGAGCUCAGUCAGGAAGAACAGGCCCUCACACACACCAAGAGUAGCCCCAAGGAGACACAAAAAGCCGGGAAUGAAGACCUUAAAGAGAUGCUGGAGAGCAACAAGGAGUCCCUCAAACUGGAAGCCAUGAAAAGGAUCGUUGGGCUGAUUGCCAAAGGGAAAAAUUCAUCAGAGCUCUUUCCUGCUGUGGUGAAGAACGUUGCGAGUAAGAACAUUGAGCUUAAGAAGCUUGUAUAUGUGUACCUGGUGAGAUAUGCAGAAGAACAGCAGGACCUGGCUUUGCUAUCCAUUAGCACCUUCCAGCGGGCCCUUAAGGACCCAAAUCAGUUGAUCCGGGCCAGCGCACUGAGGGUUUUGUCCAGUAUCCGGGUCACCAUAAUUGUCCCCAUCAUGAUGUUGGCCAUCAAAGAGGCGUCAACUGACCUGUCCCCAUAUGUCAGGAAGACGGCGGCCCACGCCAUCCAGAAGCUCUACAGCCUGGAUCCAGACCAGAAAGAACAGCUGAUCGAAGUGAUAGAGAAACUAUUGAAAGACAAAAGCACAUUGGUGGCUGGCAGUGUGGUGAUGGCUUUUGAGGAGGUGUGUCCAGAUCGCAUUGACCUUAUCCAUAAGAACUACAGAAAGCUGUGCAACCUGUUGGUGGAUGUGGAGGAGUGGGGCCAGGUGGUCAUCAUCUCCAUGCUGACGCGCUAUGCCAGGACACAGUUCACCAGUCCUUGGAAGGAGGGUGCCAUGUUUGAUGAGAACAAUGAGAAGGCGUUCUAUGACUCUGACUCUGAGGAGAAAAAAGACCAGACACAGGCCAAGCCUUACAUCAUGGAUCCAGAUCAUAGACUGCUGCUCAGGAACACCAAACCUCUGCUGCAGAGCAGGAACACUGCUGUUGUGAUGGCUGUUGCUCAACUCUAUUGGCAUUUGGCCCCCAAGCAUGAAGUCAACAUUGUCACCAAGUCACUGGUUCGGCUACUAAGAAGCCACAGAGAGGUGCAGUACAUUGUGCUUCAGAAUAUAGCCACGAUGUCCAUUCAGAGGAAGGGCAUGUUUGAGCCCUUCAUGAAGAGUUUCUAUGUGAGGUCUACAGAUGCCACACACAUCAAAACACUGAAGUUGGAGAUCCUGACCAACCUGGCCAAUGAAGCCAACAUCUCCACCAUCCUGAGGGAAUUUCAGACCUAUGUGAAGAGCCAGGACAAGGCGUUUGCAGCAGCCACCAUACAAGCCAUCGGCAGGUGUGCCACCAACAUCUCCGAGGUGACUGAUACUUGUCUCAACGGUCUGGUGCUGCUACUUUCCAACAGAGACGAGACUGUGGUGGCUGAGAGUGUGGUGGUGAUCAAGAAGUUGCUUCAGACUCAGCCCACGCAGCACAGUGAGAUCAUCAAACACAUGGCCAAGCUCUUCGACAACAUCACUGUCCCCAUGGCCCGAGCCAGCAUCCUGUGGCUGAUGGGAGAGUACUGUGAGAGGGUGCCAAAAAUUGCACCUGACGUACUCCGUAAGAUGGCAAAGACUUUCACAGCAGAGGAGGACAUUGUCAAGCUGCAGACUGUCAACCUGGCAGCCAAACUCUACUUGACCAACUCUAAGCAGACCAAGCUGCUGACUCAGUACAUUCUGAACCUGGGCAAAUAUGACCAGAACUACGAUAUCCGGGACCGAACACGCUUCAUAAGACAGCUCAUAGUGCCCAGUGAGAAGAGUGGCGCCCUCAACAAGUAUGCUCGACGCAUCCUCCUGGCCCCCAAACCAGCCCCAGUGCUUGAGUCUGCUUUCAAAGAUCGUGACCGUUUCCAGCUGGGCACUCUCUCACACAGCCUCAAUACUAAAGCUACUGGAUACCAGGAGCUGUCAGACUGGCCAGCUGUUGCUCCUGAUCAGUCUGUGAGGAACGUGGAGGUCAUUGAGCCAGUACAAGAGUGGGCACCGACAGUUGGGAAGGCCAAGAAACCAAAAUCUGAUGACAAGUUCUACUCCGAUGAGGAGGAGGAGGAGAAAGAAGAGGAAGGCUCUGAGAGCAGUGGCAGUGAAGACAGCAGCAGCAGCAGCAGCGGCAGCAGCAGUAGCAGCAGUGAAGAGUCUGGCAGUGAGAGUGAGGAAGAAAGCAGCGAAGAUUCAGAAAAGACCUCAAGUGAUUCUGGAAAGAGUUCCAGUGAAUCUGAAUCAGAACAAAGAAAGAAGAAAAAGACCAAGAAGGCACCGCAGAAGAAAAGCAAGUCAAAUGCUGCGUUCAGUGACUCGGAUGAAAACGGAAAUGGACCUGUAGCACAAGCCAGCAGCUCGUCAGCUGAGAGCUCCUCCGGCUCAGAGACAGACUCCUCCGAUGACUCUGACUCAGACACACCCACAGCACAACAGAAGAAGAAGAGUGAUGUGAAGUCCAAACCCAAGGUGGAAGUGAAGCCCAAGAAUGAAGUGUCCUUACUGGAUCUAGAUGACUUUUCUCCUGCGCCCAUAAAUGCACCAAAGUCUUUGAUCGUCUCCCAGAGCCUGCUGUCUGACCUCGAGGGCCUCUCUCUUUCCAACAUCUCCUCCACCAUGCAGGUCACCACUCCAUCUUUUGGCCCCGUGAAGACAUAUGAGCUGCUUCACCAUAUGACUGGAAAAGGUCUGUCAGCCAAGUAUCAUUUUCCCAGGCAGCCCUGUUUGUACCAGCCCAGUAUGGUGGCUGUACAGGUCACACUGACCAACAACUCAGACCACAGCCUGGAGGAGAUUCAUAUAGGAGACCGAAGUCCAGCAAGCCUGAACAUCCACUGCUUUAAUACCAUUGAGCGGCUGGAGCCAGAGGCCUCAGUGACGGUUUCCAUGGGUAUUGACUUCAGCGACUCGACACAAGCAGCCAACUUCCAGUUGUGCACCAAGGAGGACCAGUUCAGUGUGUCCAUCCAGCCGGCUGUGGGUGAGCUAUUAAUGCCCAGUAGUGUGACAGAGCAAGACUUCAGCAAGGAGCAAGGUAAGCUCCUGGGCAUGAAUGAGACGUCUGCAACCAUCACCAUGGCAACAGCAAACACCUCCAGCCAGGCCAUCAACAAGCAGGUCCUGUCUGUGGCCAACGUAGGAGUGGUUUCAUCCAGCAAAAACGACUUCCACAGGUUUGCUGGGCGGACAGUCAGCAGCGGAGCACUGGUCUUGGUGUCACUGGAGCUGAAGGAGUCCUCCACUGCCCUACUAACCAUCAACACAGAGAAGAGCGUCAUGGCGUCCAUGUUGCUCCGAGACCUCAAACAAGCCCUUGCCCAGGCGUAGAAACCCCCCCUCCCCCACUUUCUUAAGUAAAGGUAAAGGGGAACAGCGCUUCAUUAAAGAUUUCAUAUAUUUUAUUUUUCCGGUUAAGGACAAUUCAGGCAGUACUUGCAAAUGCAUGGCACUUUUAUCCACAAUACAGCAACCGAAGAGCUGAACUUUUGUCACUGACACAGAACUGGAAACAAUGGAAGCGUGCAGCGUUUCUUAUUUUUCUGCUCUGUGGUUUUUGGAAAGGAUUGUCCUGAAUCGCAGGAAUAAAUUUGUGAAAAAAGUGAUGAUCCCCUUUAAAACACACAGAAGGCAUCAUAGAAGUGAUAAUACAAUUUAAAAUGUGACCCGCUUACCUUCUCCUGUAGAAGUCACUCCUAAACAUGACACUACUCCACCCAAUCAUGUGAAACCAACUGGUCAUUUACCUCAGUGGUGACCAUUUAAAUAUAAUGCCAUUUAUGGGUUUGACCAAUGUUAUUAUGUACAAACAGCUGUACAUACAUUUUGGGAGAAAGAAAGUAUCGCUGCCUCACUUUUGGUGCUACAGGCCAAUUUUUCUGUCCCUCUUUAAUGUUUAUACAGAUUGAGAUACUCCACUAAAGCACUGAUGUCUGACUGUAUUUCAUCAGCAUUUGUGCCUGAGCCAAGCCACUCUGUGUUUGCAUUGAUGGACUUAGUUCUUUAUGCCAAGAGAAAGAGAAAAGGAGGAUUUUCUCAAUGCCAUUUAGACCCAUCUCAACACUGUCAUUACAUUAAUAAUCUUUGGGAAGCUGCUGCAGCACCAGACGAGCCUCUGUCCCUGAUGUAGUUUUACAUUCCAACCUUUCCAUUGCCCCUAAAUCACAUUUAUUAAAGUGCCUUCUACAUGAAAAUAAUGUUAUUUAGAAAACCAAAACGUAUAGACUUAAAUCAACGAGGUCUUUUUAUCUGUACCGCUUUUGCUGAACAAUAAAAAGUGAAUUUAUUAAAACAAUAAACAUUUUAUUUGCUUGUGUUUUGCUGAUGAUGACGUUCCUCGGUGUAAUCUGAUCCGUGUUACCUGAUGGUGUCUCUCCAGCUGUGAUUUAUGGUCAUUAAAAUGAACGUGGCUGAAACAGAAAAUCGUUAAUGAUGAGCUCUGCUAAUUGGCAGGCUGAGUCGUGUACCAUGUACUCAUGACAUCAUGAUUUUUCUGAAUCUGUCACUCCAUCUGCUGUCAUAUGUUCUUCCCCUUCAUCCACUGAUCAGCUGUGUUGUAUUCUAUAAGCCAGCAGUGGUGGAAGAAGUAUUCAAAUUCCUUAUAUAAGUAAAAGUCUAAUGCCACACUGUGAAAAUACUCCACUACAGGUAAAAGUCCUGCAUUCAAAACCUCAUUCAAGGAAAAGUAUGUGAACCUAAAGUAUCACAAUUCAUCAUCAUUUAGUCAGUUGUAUAGUAUGCUGUAUUUUAGUGCUAUAGAUGUUUUAGGUGGUGCUCAUUUUAACUCUUUUAUAUACUGCUGGGUAGUUUAAUCUACAGCAAUGCAUCAUAUUCUAUGAUAUCAUCAUAUGUUUGUAGUGUGGCUGUCCUGUGAGAACCAUGUGUCUCUAAAAAGUCAACUUUUUAUGUUAUGUCAGAAAAAAAAACACUGUUUUCAGCUUUGUGAUGAUGUAUUUUCCAGCUGACCCAAGAGUGUUUUUUAAGAGUUAAUGUCACUCAAGGAGGAGAAUUUCCUCGACACAUAAAGGAACACUUCAUCCUUCAGUUUAUCACAAACAUUAACAAAAAUAAUGUGUGGAGAUACGUGGUUUCCACUGGAAGGGUGGUGAAAAACUCUCAUCUAAGCUUUCAGACAAAUGUAGUGCAAUUAAAAAGUACAAUAUUUGCAAUAUUUAAAUAGAGUAGAAGUACAAAUUUGGAUAAAAUGGAAAUAGUCAAGUAAAGUACUUGUACCUCAGAUUUGUACUUAAGUACAGUAUUUGAGAAAAUGUACAUAGCUAUGUUUCACCCCUGUAAACUAGAUGUAGACAAGCAAAGAUUCAUGAUCUGCACCCCAACUAGGGCUGCAACUUACAAUUAUUUUCAUUGUUAAUUAGUCUGUUGAUUUUUUUUUUCUGAUUAAUCGAUAAGUUGUUUGUUAGUAAAUGGUGAAAAUGUCCAUCAGUGUUUCCCAAAGCCCAAGAUGAUGUCCUCAUAUAUCUUGUUUUGUCUACAACCCAAAGAUUAUCAGUUUACUGUCAUACAGGAGUAAAGAAACCAGAAAAUAUUUGCAUUAAAGAAGAUGAAAUCAGAAAAUUUAGAUUUUUGUUUUUCUCAAACUGAAUAAUAGAUUAUUGAAUUAGUUGGCAAUUCAUGUGAUAGCUGACAGCUAAUCGAUCAGUCUUUGCCAAUCUAGUUUUGACUGCCAUAGUUUACAUGAAAUCUUUUA